GCGGCGGGGGCCGAGGCUGCUCCCUCGCUCCCCCCACCCCGCCCCGCCAGGCUCCAACCGCCGCCGCCGCCGCCGCCGCCGCCGCCGGGCCCCCGCCCCCGGCCCCGGCCCCCGGCCCCGCGGGGCCUCCCGCCCCCACCCAGGGGGCGUCGCCGCCGCCGUCGCCGCCGCGCUCCGCGGCCCGCAAGGCGCCCUCCUUCCCUCCCUCCCUCCCGCCGGCCGGGGUGCGCGGGCGGCGGGGCGGCCCGCGGGCCAUGCGUUCGGCGCGGCCCAGCCCGGCCGGCCGGGGGCGGCGCCCCGAGCCCGGGCCCCGCGCGGCCCGCGCCCCCGGCCCCCGCUGAGCCCCGGGGGCCCCACCGUGGCCGAGGCCAUGUUCCCCGUGUUCCCUUGCACGCUGCUGGCCCCCCCCUUCCCCGUGCUGGGCCUGGACUCCCGGGGGGUGGGCGGCCUCAUGAACUCCUUCCCGCCACCUCAGGGUCACGCCCAGAACCCCCUGCAGGUCGGGGCUGAGCUCCAGUCCCGCUUCUUUGCCUCCCAGGGCUGCGCCCAGAGUCCAUUCCAGGCCGCGCCGGCGCCCCCACCCACGCCCCAGGCCCCGGCGGCCGAGCCCCUCCAGGUGGACUUGCUCCCGGUCCUCGCCGCCGCCCAGGAAUCCGCCGCGGCUGCUGCGGCCGCCGCCGCUGCCGCCGCCGCCGUGGUGACUGCACCCCCGGCCCCGGCCGCCGCCUCCACAGUGGACACAGCGGCCCUGAAGCAGCCCCCGGCGCCCCCUCCGCCACCCCCGCCUGUGUCGGCGCCCGCCGCCGAGGCCGCGCCCCCCGCCUCUGCCGCCACCAUCGCCGCAGCGGCGGCCACCGCUGUCGUCUCCCCAACCUCGACGGUCGCCGUGGCCCCUGUUGCGUCUGCCUUGGAGAAGAAGACAAAGAGCAAGGGGCCCUACAUCUGCGCCUUGUGCGCCAAGGAGUUCAAGAACGGCUACAAUCUCCGGAGGCACGAAGCCAUCCACACCGGAGCCAAGGCCGGCCGUGUCCCCUCGGGUGCUAUGAAGAUGCCCACCAUGGUGCCCCUGAGCCUCCUGAGCGUUCCCCAGCUGAGCGGAGCCGGCGGGGGAGGGGGAGAAGCGGGUGCCGGCGGCGGCACGGCUGCAGUGGCCGCCGGUGGCGUAGUGACCACGACCGCCUCGGGAAAGCGCAUCCGGAAGAACCACGCCUGCGAGAUGUGCGGCAAGGCCUUCCGCGACGUCUACCACCUGAACCGACACAAGCUGUCGCAUUCGGACGAGAAGCCCUACCAGUGCCCGGUGUGCCAGCAGCGCUUCAAGCGCAAGGACCGCAUGAGCUACCACGUGCGCUCACAUGACGGCGCUGUGCACAAGCCCUACAACUGCUCCCACUGUGGCAAGAGCUUCUCCCGGCCGGAUCACCUCAACAGUCACGUCAGACAAGUGCACUCCACAGAGCGGCCCUUCAAAUGUGAGAAAUGUGAGGCAGCUUUUGCUACGAAGGAUCGACUCCGGGCGCACACAGUACGACACGAGGAGAAGGUGCCAUGUCAUGUGUGUGGCAAGAUGCUGAGCUCGGCUUAUAUUUCGGACCACAUGAAGGUGCACAGCCAGGGCCCUCACCAUGUCUGUGAGCUCUGCAACAAAGGUACUGGUGAGGUUUGUCCAAUGGCAGCAGCAGCGGCGGCGGCGGCAGCGGCGGCAGCAGCAGUGGCAGCCCCUCCCACAGCUGUGGGUUCCCUCUCUGGGGCUGAGGGGGUGCCAGUGAGCUCUCAGCCACUUCCCUCCCAGCCCUGGUGAGCUCCAAGUUGGUGGGGGGAGAAGGGAGAGCAGAGGAUAGCCCCUUGGUACAGUCUCCUCUCCCCCUCUCUUCCCACCAACUCUCUACUCCCCCACCAACCAAGGAGCCUCCAGAAGGAAAGGAGGGAGAAAUGUGUUCUUAGGGGAAUUCACUAGGUUUUAACGAUUUGUUUCUCCUGCUCCUCUCUUCUCCCUAUCAGAGCUGACCCUACACACACCUGUUCCCUUGGUUGUGUUGAAGUUCCCUGGACAGUAGGCAGGGGUGGCAGAGGACAGGAGCAGCCACUGCCCUCACCCCCCUCUCCUCUCUGUAAUCCCCUGCCCUGCCCUCCCAGGGAUUUGUGAGCCCUUUCCCUCCGUGGUCCUUGCUCUCCUCCUUCCAGUCCUCUCCCUUCAGUCUACUGCCCCUCCCUGGGGAGUUGGUGCUUUUUUUUUUUGUUUUGUUUUGUUUUGUUUUGUUUUGUUUUCCAGGGGGAGGGAGGAGAGGAAGGAGGGGAGUCAAAGAUUCUGUCCCAGAGAGGGAGAAAGUUGAGAUUAGAGAAGGGGCAGAGGCAGGGAAGGCAGAAGUUGUACCUUCAUUAGGUAGGGUUGUUGGGGUUAGUCCCUAGACAUCAUCCUACUUGAAAAUCUGUCAGGGUGGGGAAAGUCAAGGGGAGCAAAAGAAGGAGCCACUAGGGCCAGAGGCAGAACAAGAAAUGGAGUCUGAGGGGCCCAGGGUAAACAAGGGGAACCAGGGACUAGAGGUGCUUCCUGGGGGUAGGGGGAAUGCAACCAGUGUCUCCCCCUUCCCUCUUCCACCCCAGCUCCUGCCCUGGUCUUUUCUUUUCAUCCCUCUUCCCCAUGACAGAAGCUGUGGCCCUGGCCAUGUCAUCGUGUUCCUGUGUCCCCUGCAUGUUCCUCACCCUCCACCCCCUCCUUUUGCGCGGACCCUAUUACAAUAAAUUUUAAAUAAAAACCUG